CUCGAGCGGCGGGAGGAUGCGUCGCUGAGGCCGAGAGCUUAGGCCGGCCGGGAAGAUGCUCUGUCUGGGACCGUCGCGGCUGCUGCCGACGAUCCGAGCCCGCGGCCGCGCGUGUCCGAGGCCGCUGCCACCCACACCCCAGUCUUUCUUACAGGUUUUGUGUAUGAAACCCUAUGCAAAUCCAAAGUACUACCAAGCACUCCAUUAUGGAACAGCAAUGCUGCCUGAUGAAAUAACAGUUAGCUAUAGACAUGGUCUUCCCUUGGUAACACUCACUCUGCCGUCCAGAAAAGAGCGCUGUCAGUUUGUAGUAAAGCCAUUGUUGUCAACAGUAGGCUCGUUCCUUCAGGACUUAAAAAAGGAGGAUAAAGGCAUCAAAACUGCAGCCAUCAUCACAGCAGACGGCUGUGAGAUUCCAGCUUCAAUGUUGAUGGACACUUUGCUAAUGGAAGGCUUUAAACUGGUCAUUAACGAACUACCGUACGAUGUGCAGUGUCACAAGAAAGAAAAACCAAGUGAAGAGCACAUGACUGAGAUGGAAAACAUGAAGUCCUUGGUUCACAGACUAUUUGCAGUCUUGCAUUUGGAAGAGUUUCAGAAGCAACGAGAGCGCCAUCUGUUGGCAAAGAUUUACCACCUGGAGGAACAGCUGCGGCCCCUGGAGCAGGUCAGAGCUCAAAUAGAAGCUAGGUCAGAAGCCAAAACCAGUGGACUCCUGUGGGCCGGCUUAGCUCUGCUCUCUGUGCAGGGUGGGGCACUGGCCUGGCUGACCUGGUGGGAGUACUCCUGGGAUAUCAUGGAGCCAGUUACGUUCUUCCUCACAUUUGCAAAUUCCAUGGUCUUUUUUGCCUACUUCAUCGUAACUCGGCAGAACUACACUUACUCAUGUGUUCGGAGCAGGCAGUUUCUUCAUUUCUUCCACAGGAAGUCACAGCAACAGCGCUUUUACGUGGAAGAGUACAACAGGUUAAAAGAGGAGCUUGCUGAGGCUACAGAAUCCCUGGAAAAAGUGCGCCACUCCCUCUAUUUUAAAACGCAAGGAGAGGAAUUCAGUGAGGAGAACUAGCUUUAUGUUUUUUUAAACAUCACUGGGCUAUGUGCCGAUUUUGUAACUUGCCAGCUGGACAUUUUUCAGGUCACGUUCAUUUCCGUUUGAUGGU